AUGAAGAAAUAUGCAGCUUAUUCGGUCGCUUUUUUGGACAUUCUUUGCCACAGCACGCUUUUAUUCUCUUGGCCCAUUUUAACGCAAAUUUACAAGUCAGAAGGGUUCUUUUCUUGCAAAAAUUCGACAGAAGAAAUUUCAGAAUUUCAACUGUGCUCAGAAAGCUCUCAAGAUGCUUCUAUCGCUCGAAUAAUGAUCCUAGCCGUAGCUUUUUGUAUUUCUGAACUCAAGUUUUUGGACACCCUUAUAUCCGAAUUCGCCAUUUCCUUGAGAAGCAUCAAUCUUAUUUGGGCUCUUCUAUCUUCUAUCUCUUUCAUACUUGGAAUCUUCGUCAUCCCAUGGCACAACGUCGAAGUCAACACAGAAUCCGUCGAAACAAUUCUCGACCUCAAGUCAAAACAGAAGCCUUUGCUAAACUCCGAAGAAGAAAGCAUUCCUCAACAGUUCAAAAACAACAUCAAAUUCCUCAAAUCGCCAAUUUUGCUCUUUUACGGCGCUUCUUUAAUUUUUGGAAAUUUCGUUGUCACGUGCACCCUUUCACUGACGAAUUUCAUCGUGGAGAAAAAGAUGGACAAACUGAAUCUAACGGAAGAAUACGAUCCAGAGGAUAUUGUUUCGAAGUUCAACUUGAUUCGACCGAUUAUUGCUGCUGUAGCUGCUCCUUUCAUUGGACUAAUGGUCGAUUUAGUGAGAAAGAAGAUUUUAAAAAAGAAGGAAAAACCAGAAAACAUCGACCUAAGGUCAAUGAUUUGGCCAUAUUUCUUGCUGACAAUUUCUUCCUUGAUUUUUUCCAUCACGAUCAGCAUCGACAACGUCUUCUGCCUCGCCCUAGCGCUCACAUGCCUCUCUCUCAAUUCUACCUGGGUCUAUGUCGUUUAUACAGUCGGGAUGGAGAUAAAUCUGCCAGGACAAACAAUUGGCAUUGCGUUUGCUCUCUGUGAAAUUGCAGGCAGCAUAUUCGCCUUCAUCGCCGAUCCAAUUGCUGUUUUCGUUCUCGAAGAGGAUGAUCUGGAGCUUUUCUAUGUGAGCAUAUGGUCGACUACCUUCUUGAUGUUCUUAUUUGGCCUGUUGCUUCCCUCGAUUGCCUUCAACAAAACUUCGGACUGCCUCAAGAACCUCGACUCCCCAAGACAACAUGAAGUGGCGAAGCAAUUUCAAAACGAACAGACAGAAGAAAAUAUUCUUUUGAAAAAGAAUUGUAUUUAA